AGGUCGUUGGUGUCACCUGCCCGUGGCCAGCUCCUGUGCCUGCCGGUCCGCGCCCCGCCCGCUCCAGCCAUGCUCUCCUCCCUCGCCCGGCCUGCCAGCGCCGCUCUCCGCCGCAGCUUCAGCACCUCGGCCCAGAACAAUGCUAAAGUAGCCGUGCUAGGGGCCUCUGGAGGCAUUGGGCAGCCCCUCUCGCUACUCCUGAAGAACAGCCCGUUGGUGAGCCGCCUGACCCUCUAUGAUAUCGCGCACACACCCGGAGUAGCCGCAGAUCUGAGCCACAUCGAGACCAAAGCAACUGUUAAAGGCUACCUCGGACCUGAACAGCUGCCUGACUGCCUGAAAGGUUGUGAUGUGGUAGUUAUUCCAGCUGGAGUCCCCAGAAAACCAGGCAUGAGCCGGGAUGACCUGUUUAAUACCAAUGCCACGAUUGUGGCCACCCUGGCUGCUGCCUGUGCCCAGCACUGCCCUGAAGCUAUGAUCUGUGUCAUUGCCAAUCCGGUCAACUCCACCAUCCCCAUCACAGCAGAAGUUUUCAAGAAGCACGGAGCAUACAACCCCAACAAGAUCUUCGGAGUGACGACCCUGGACAUCGUCCGAGCCAACACCUUUGUCGCAGAGCUGAAGGGUUUGGAUCCAGCUCGAGUCAACGUCCCUGUCAUUGGUGGCCAUGCCGGGAAGACCAUCAUCCCCCUGAUCUCUCAGUGCACCCCCAAGGUGGACUUUCCCCAGGACCAGCUGACAACGCUCACUGGGCGGAUCCAGGAGGCCGGCACGGAGGUCGUCAAGGCGAAAGCCGGAGCAGGCUCCGCCACCCUCUCCAUGGCAUAUGCCGGUGCCCGCUUCGUCUUCUCCCUUGUGGAUGCAAUGAACGGAAAGGAAGGUGUCGUGGAAUGUUCGUUCGUGAAGUCACAGGAAACGGAAUGUGCCUACUUCUCCACACCGCUGCUGUUGGGGAAAAAGGGCAUUGAGAAGAACCUGGGCAUCGGCAAAGUCUCUUCUUUUGAGGAGAAGAUGAUCGCCGAGGCCAUCCCCGAGCUGAAGGCCUCCAUCAAGAAGGGGGAGGAUUUUGUGAAGACCAUGAAGUGAGCAGCCGUGCUGGGCAGCCAGUUUCCUUAAUUUAUGAAGGAUCAUGUCACUGCAAGGGUGUUGCAGAUAACCUUUGCUUUGCUGGUGAUUGCUGUAUUAACGUAACCAUCCCUUCCAAAUUGUGGGUGGCUCAUGAUGGGUGCAUCAAUAAAAGCCGUCCUGGAUUUUA